AUGGCAUACGUAAAAAGUGUAAGAACUGAUACAGAGGAAAACAAAGCUGAAUUUAAACGCACGAGCAGCCUCAAUAAAUACUUUUUAUGUCACUACUGUAAUAAAAAAAUAACGACAAAACAUGGAAUGCGUAAACAUGUACUUGUAUGUCUUUCUGACCGCACUUGUAGCUGGUGCAAAAUAGUGUUUAAAAAUCGAGGUAAUCUCGUGACACAUGCUUUUUAUAUUCACGACGAUAAAAACAUAAAAAAUCCAGACGUAAGAAACACUUGUAUUAUAUGUGCAAAGCAUUUUUCAAACAGUGCUGGUUUGAAAUAUCACAUAAGGCGAGAACAUUACAAUUUAAAGGCUAAAAUUCCACUGUCGAUUAAUAAAAGAGUAAACGAAGUAUGGUUUGAAAAAGUGUUAAACUCUCAAUCAGUAGUUGAAAUUAAAAAAGUAAGUCAUAAUUUACUUUUAAUAAGAAAAUGCGAGGAGAAUAUUCCCGAAUCAAUACAGGAAUGUGAAGAAAUAUUAGAUUUAACUCAAUUUUAUCCAACGGGCAAAAGAAGCCACUUGAUAACCUGUGAUAUAUGUAACAUGAAAGUGUUAAAACGCACCUUUAAAAAGCAUUAUGAGGAGAGACACAGCAAAGUAGAGAGACAUCAUUGCAAAGUCUGUAAUAUAUCUUUUAAGAGGUCAUACUUUUUUGCACGACAUGAAUGCAAUAAGCCCAGGAGGCGUAAGCGACGAAUGAACAUUCAUAUCAGUAAAGUUGAAAGUCUAACACCUGUUUCUGUA